UACUUGAAAGUUAUUCAAAGCUAAGAGAGACAACGGAAGUUCUGGUCAUCUUCUCAAGUCUCAGUUGUCCCGUUUUAUUGCCGAGUCCAUUGCAUCGUUUAUAAAGACUUCACAGACUUCUCUCUCCUUCUCUCUUUCUCUCUCUUUAGUCUUAUUCUCUCUCUCUCUCUGUAUCUUUUUCUCUCUUGGAAUUUAUGGUUAGAGGUUGUGGACUCUCCAUGGAUUCAGAUCCAAUUGGGAGCUUCUUCCUCCACAAGCCUAUUGUUCUCAAUUCUUUCCCUGAAGACACAAACCACCCCAAGUGGAAACUUACUCCCCACAACAACAUGGACACCAUCCCCUUCCAAGUCAACCUUAGCUGUUCUCCAAACAAUCAUCACUCUCCCCCACCACCCCUCCACAACACAACCGAGAUGGACUUCUUCUCCGACAACACCAACCACAACGUUUCUGCUUCUGCUUCUGCUUCUGCCUCUAAUCAUCAUCAUUCCACCACCCCACCUACGUUGGAAUUCAAACUAAACACUGGGCUGAAUCUUCUCACUACCAACACUAGCAGUGAUCAAUCUAUGGUGGAUGAUGAGAUAUCACCCAAUUCAGAAGACAGAAGAGCUGAGAAUAAGCUUGCUGUUCUUCAAGCUGAGCUUGAGAGAAUGAAGAGGGAGAAUCAAAAGUUGAGAGACACGCUUCAUCAGGUUAACGUCAAUUACGAUGCGCUUCAGAUGCAUUUCAUGAAUUUGAUGCAGCAGAAGGGCGAGGAAGUUGAAGAACAAGAAGUGAUUGGUGGAAAGUCAGAAGAGAAGAAGCAAGGAGAGAGUGGCGGCGUAUUGGUGCCAAGACAGUUCAUGGAUCUUGGAUUGGCUACUAAUGCUGACACUGACGAACCCUCUUCUUCAUCAGGGGGAAGAAGUCAAGAUCGAUCAGGAUCACCCAACGCAGAAGUGGCCUCGAAGGAAUUAGGAACCAGUAUGAAUGAGAAUGUUAACGAUGAAGGGUGUGACAAGGAGAAGAAGGAAUAUGGUAGAGGGGUUGAAAGUGAGGAUAGUCCCUCAGGUCAUGCUUUUGCUGGGGAUAAAGUUCCAAGGUUCAGUCCUCAAAAGAGUAACGUUGAACAUGCUGAGGCAACCAUGAGGAAGGCAAGAGUUUCUGUUAGAGCUCGAUCAGAAGCACCCAUGAUCACUGAUGGAUGUCAAUGGAGAAAGUAUGGGCAGAAGAUGGCCAAAGGAAACCCAUGUCCUAGAGCUUAUUAUAGGUGUACCAUGGCUGCUGGUUGCCCAGUUAGAAAACAGGUACAAAGGUGUGCUGAAGAUCGAACAGUCCUGAACACAACCUACGAAGGCAAUCACAACCACCCUUUGCCACCAGCAGCUAUGGCAAUGGCACAAACCACUUCCUCAGCUGCAAGAAUGCUUCUUUCUGGGUCAAUGUCUAGUGCUGACAGCAUAAUGAAUGCAAACUUACUCACAAGAGCACUCCUCCCUUGCUCUUCAAGCAUUGCUACUAUCUCAGCAUCUGCUCCAUUCCCAACUGUUACAUUGGACCUAACACAAUCUCCAAAUCCUCUACAGUUCCCAAGGCACCCAAACCAGUUACAAAUUCCCCUCCAAGGUAUCCCUCAGAAUUUUUCAAACUCCCCAGCCUCUUUAAUGCCUCAGAUAUUUGGACAAGCACUCUACAACCAAUCAAAGUUUUCUGGUCUUCAAAUGUCACAUGAUGCAGACCCUUCACAAUUUGGAAACCACCCUCAGCAGGUACCACCACACCUUACUGACACAGUUAGUGCUGCCAUUGCUGCUGAUCCAAACUUCACUGCAGCUUUGGCAGCAGCUAUCACAUCCAUUAUUGGUGGUGCUCAGCAGCACAACAACAGUAAUAAUACUAACAAUAAUGGCAACAUGACACUCAGCAACAGCACUGGCAAUGGCAACAUCACAAGUAGCAACAACACCAACGGGAAGCAAUAAAAUAAAAUCAGCUAUUCCAUCAGUGAAUUAGUUCAGCCUUUCAUUUUUUUUUCACGACAUUGAUUUAAUUAAGUAGAUUUUAUGACCUUUCUAUUUGUUCA